AAAUUGGCAGACAGUUCACCAUUGAAUUCUCUGCCAACUUGGCACUGUCAGCUGUGAAUUUGAAAAGACUUUCGUUUUUUUAUAUCUAAUAUUAGAUAUCAAAGGGAACUAUAGUUAGACGUUUUCCUCUUGCUGAGAAGAGCAAAGUAUUCGGUUAAGAUGUAGACACAUGCUACAGAGACAUUUGAGGUUGACUUAACCGACAAGAGGACCUCGUGUUUCGCUCUCGUCACUGUUACAUUAGUUUGCCUUCAAACAUCAACACGUCCGAUUCAGUUUGGAGAAAAGGAAAAUUUGGUUAAAAAAUUAUUGCCAUGUUCGAGACCAGUUUGGCUUUUGAAGGUUGUCCGCUGUACACAGCUGUUAACUGAGAGAACGCAUUUUCUCAUUACAGCAUUCGAGUUCAUUAAUCAGUCAUGUCGGCGAGUCUAUCAGCUGUUGUCUCUCUAGUGGUUUCGUUAAUUUUCUGUGUGCCAAAUAUCAAUGCCCUCACUUCAACACCAAUUAGUGAAAAUGAACAACAAGGUUUGAUUGAUGAGUGGUGGAUUCAAUCGAGUAUUCCGACGACAUCCAUCGCUUCCGGCGUCAGUGAAAUAUGUCGUCAAAACUCGCAAGAAUAUCUUUCAGCCCUUCGCAGUCGACUUCCGUGGGCAGUCAAAAUGUACGAGUCCUCUGGAAGACUGGUGGAGGACUUGAUUCAUAUUGACGGAAGUGACAACGUUCACCACGAAUCAGGAUUGUUUGAUGAAUGUCUUUCGGUCCAAUCCGAUGGAAUUCCUUUCCAAGGGAAAUAUUGCACCGUCUUCUUUGGACUGAAACUACAAGAAAAAAGGAAUGACGUUGCUCAAAGUGAAUCGGAUCAUUCCGAAGAAGAGGAAAUCAACGAAAACAUGUCCAACUUUCAAAAGCCUUCCGUUGGUUACUGUCUGCCAUCGACCUGCAGCGCGGGUGAUUUGCGCUCUGCAGUUGGCCAACUAGUUGGAUCCCGUGUCGUCAAAGAAAACAACUUCUCCAUCGUUGCCAUCUCGAGCGAAAAAUACUGCUACACCCAAGAGAAAAUUCACGGCAGGAACACGACGUUCGAUAACCCCACUCUUAUCGUUCUGUCAGUGUUUUGUCUUUUGGUCGUAAUCGUCUCAGCAGCAACCGUGCACGAUGCUUGGAUAAAUAACGAGCUGUCCAAUUGCCCAAAGUCGUUUACAAUUCAGUUGCUUCACUGCUUCUCCGCCAAAAAGAAUUGCAAAACCUUAUUUUCCACGGAAGAUGACGCAGAUAGUUUGGCAUGUUUGCACGGAGUCCGAAUUCUGACUACUUGCUGGAUAGUAUUAAUCCAUUUUGCUGGGGCGUGCACUUUUCUGCGACUGAGCUACAAUAAGCCAAUGGUUCUCAAUAAUUCGCUGCGACUGGAACUUCAAUUUGUCUCAAACGGUCUGUUUGGAGUGGACACUUUCUUUUUAUUGAGUGGCCUCUUGGUGUCGUUUACUCAAAUGCGCCAAUUGGAUCAAAAUAAGGGAUUCUUCAACCUCAAGCGGUUUUACAUACGGCGAUACAUCAGGCUCACUCCAGUUUAUGCGGCAAUACUGGCCUUCUUAGCGACAAUUUGGCCGCACGUCGGAACCGGACCCGACUGGAACUUUGUCCAGCGUAUAAGCAAGAGUGUCAGGGAAAAUUUCUGGGCCCAAAUUAUGUACCUUAACAACUACGUGAACCCCCACAAGUUUACCAGUCCAGCUUAUGCCUUCGCUGAGUCUUGGUACCUCGCUUGCGACAUGCAAAUGUUCUGGAUCAGCCCGCUAUUUAUUUAUCCGCUUUGGCGUUGGAAGAGAGCCGGAUUGAUUUGGACCGCAUUCAGUCUCUUGGUUGUUCUCGGAUGUUCCGCCACUGUAUUCAUCGUCCACAAUCUACCAGCGACGAUUGUUUGGCUUAGACCAUCGGAAUUAACGAGAAUCGACGAAUACGCACAAUGGCAUUACAUGGAAACGUUUGCACGGAUGCCUCCAUACAUGAUCGGAAUACUCUUCGGAUGGCUACUCCACAAGACGAAAGACAAAACAAUUCACAUCAAUAAAUAUCUAGUGGCAGUUGGUUGGAUAACGGCCGCGAUAAUGGGAUCGGCCGUCACCUAUGGAAUGUUUCCGUAUCUGGAUGAGACUUUAGUUCCGGAAAUUAAUCCAUUGGUUCGGGUGUCAUACGGCGCUUUGCAUCACUCGGCUUGGGCGAUUACCGUCGGUUGGAUCAUUUUCGCCUGCACUCACGGAUAUGGAGGUUUCAUCCAUCGAUUCUUGUCAUGGAAACUCUUCCUUCCGUUUAGCCGAAUGAGCUACGCAGUCUAUCUAGUCCACUUCAAUUUUAUGAGAGUAUACAUAUCUCAUUUGCGUAAGCCCUUCUACUUUACUGAAUUGAUAUUUGGUACGACUUACCUCGGAAUUUUGGUGAUUUCCUUCUUCAUUUCGUUUGUCAUCUCUGUUGUCGUGGAGAUGCCGUUCCUCAACUCGGAUAAGCUUCUUUUUCCAAACAACUUAAAGGCCCUAGAAACUAAAACUAUUGAAGUGGUUAACCAACAGAAGAAGAAGAAGCGCAAUAAUGAAGAAACGAUCAAGAGAAAAAAAGAGUAACUGGUUUCUCUUUUGUGAUGAGAAAAAUAUUUUUCAAAUAAUUAAAUCAUGUCUCACUGGUCGUUUUUCAAUUGCAAAACAGAACAGGAAGUAGUGUUACAAAAUCUUUAUCGGGGAUUGUUUGCUGUUUAAGGAAGAUUCAUUUACAUAUCACACCGAAACAAUGUCAAACGAAUGCUAAACUAAAAGUAUAGAGUGUAAAAAAAAAACAAUCGAAUUAAAGAUCAUGACAUACUUCUUCCUCAACAGAAAAUACAUAAAUGAAUGUCCUAUUCUAA